AUGCCACCACGCGGCCCCAAACCUCGACGUCGCCCUUGGACUCCGGCAACAGCCGCUGGCAUAACCGCGCUCAUCCUCCCCUCAGUAACCCUACUUCGUCUCUACACCGCCAAUGGUUCCCUCGCACCCCACGCAUAUACUUGCCUACUGAGCGUCAUUACCUUUCUUUUCUAUGGCUAUGACAAGAUGCAAGCAAGGAAUUUGCAGUGGAGAGUCAAGGAGGUGACACUACAUCUACUGGCAGUAGCAGGAGGGUGGCCGGGCGCGCUGGUGGGGAUGCACUACUUUCAACACAAGACGCGAAAGACCAGUUUUCAGGUAGUAUUCUGGGGUAUUGUACUGGCAUGGGAGGGGGUCGCUUGGGGCGUGUGGACGGGGAGAUUUGGCAUACGAUGA